CUUAGUCGUGGGCGGGGCCCGGGAAAAAAAGAGACCCGUCUCCCGCGCCCUGGUGGCUGGCAAAGCGCCAGGACACAACGUACCCCUCCCCCCUUCCCCCCUCUGCGCCUCUUCCCUCCCCUCCUCCCGGCCUCCCUCCACUUCCUCGCCGCCCUUUCUCCCUCUCUCCCUCUCCCCUCCCCCGAUCCCACGUCCAACCCCGCCACACACCACGUUUCAUCAUGUCGUUCUCCGGCUUCAAGCGGACCAUGAACCGCGCGUCGACCGCCGUGCUGCAGUCGGUCGGUGCUGUGGACAAGACCGUCGAUCGUCAGUACGACGAGGAGGAGCGCCGCUUCCUCCAGCUGGAGUCGAACACCAACAAGUUGAUGACCGAGGCCCGGCAGUACCUGGACGCCCUGCGCGCCAUGAGCCUGGCGCAGCAGCGCAUUGCCGAGUCCAUGACCGCCUUCUACGAUGAGCAGGCCACCCUGGCCCUUUGUGGCAUCCGCUUCCGCGAUGCCAUGACCCAGCUCGACACGAGCGCUCGCGCGGACUUCGACCAGCGCAUCCGCGCCACCUUCCUCGAGCCGCUGGGGCGUUUCAUCUCCCUCUACCCCUCGGUGAAGGACCACAUGAAGAACCGCAGCAACGCCAUGCUGGAUUAUGACUCGCUGCGUGCGCGCGUGCGCCGGUCCGCCGAGAAGCCGGACUCCGAUGCCACCCGCCUGCCCCGGCUCGAGGCCGACUGCAACGCCGCCAAGGAGCUGUACCAGCGCCUGAACCAGGAGCUCGUCGAGGACCUGCCGCGCCUGAUCGACUCCCGCGUUCCCUACCUGGAUCCGUCCUUCUCGGCCCUGGCCAAGGCCCAGUACUCGUACUACCACUCGUGCGCCACGGCGACGCAGCCGCUGACGCGCUUCUUCGAGCGCGACCACGACAUGGGCGUCACCGACACCAGCGUGCCGCACGCGCGCGUCAACGAGGCUCUGGCCCGCAUGCGCGAGCUGACCAUCGUCCGCCUCGCCGCGCAGAAGGGCUAAUCCAUGCGCCCGGUGCAUGUUUUUUUUUUUCCUUUCGGAGGGUGUCUGUGUGUGCAUGUGCGCAUGCCACGAGGGAGAGCAAGGCCCGGGGGAGGUGCCCGGGCCAGCCAGCGGGCCCCUUGCAUCCCCCUCUUGCUGGGGUCCUUUCCUCGCCGCUCCCCUGCUCCCUCCUUUUGGUCAUGCAGUGAUGCAUGUGUCACACGCCAGCCCAGACGAAGUAUCGCGCGCGCGCGCGCGCGCGCGUGC